AUGGAGUUCGCCAACCGCGGCAUGUAUGGCAUUGAAGUGGUGGGUGCGAUUUUCUUGGCGCAUUUCUUGCGACUGAACACCUCCUUGACCACCUUCAACUUCAGGCUGAAUCACGUGGAGAAGGACGGCGCGAAGGCCUUAGCACAAAGCUUGCUGGGCAACGCGCAGACCGUCUUGCAGACGGUGAACACCAUGGGCCCGACCAAGAUGAAGCCCGGGAUCGACUUUGGCCACUUCAAGACCGGACACUUAACCACGGUGGACCUCUCGAAGCGCGGCUUGGAUGACGAUGACUUCGUCUUCCUCGAGGAAUGGCUGAGAAGAUACGACUGCGUCACCGACCUGAACCUCUCGUGGAACUUCAUGUCCCGGGACGGCAUUCGCAAGCUCACGCGGCACAUCAAGGAGUCAAAGGUUUUGACCAAGCUGAACUGCGUGGGAUUGCCUGUGACGCUGGAGGGCUCGGCGCUCCUGGCACGCGCGGUGGUGGAGAACCACACGCUGCGGCAAGUGGCGUUGCCGUUGGGACACUGCCACGAUACCACCGAGCGACAACAGAUGAUCCAACAGUUCGGCAUGGGCCUCGCGAGCCACCCCACGCUGCACAGCUUCGCGUGCACGCGGACGCCCAACUUGGAGUAUGCCAACUUGAAUGAUGCCAGAGAGAAUAAGAUCAAAGACAAGGCCUUCCCUCCGGAAAGGAGUGGCGGUUGGCCACGGACACAGAUGGCGGUCUUCAUGUGGUUCAUCUCCGCUUUGAAGCCUGACCUCGAGAGGCUAACGCUUGGUGGCAAUGGGAAGCCCAAAGUGGAGUAUCCCAAGGAAGUUUGCCAAGGUGCCAAUCCGGACCUGAUCCCGGCCACGCUGGGCGUGCUCCACGAUGCGGGACAUCGGCUGCAACAGGUCUCCAUUGCUUUGCCCUUGGGCUAUGCCUCACGCUCCAUGGAGCUCAUGCGCGUGCUGACGGUCUGCGGCAGCAUGAGAUCCUUGAAGCUCUUGGGAUUCGCUUCGGCAUCCAUGAAAGAGUCACAGCUGCCACCAGAAUGGAACUCCUUCGGCAGCGCGCCACGUUGGCUCUUCGAGGAUCGCCUGCAGCGGAAGAGGACGCACUGGCAAGCUCUUCAUGGUUUGUUGGCUGCCCUGCCCCACUUGGAGCAGUUCAACGACCUGGCCCUGGGAGGCUCCAGCAUGCGGGAGUCGCCAGAGCUCACCUGCUUGCUGUUGAUGCAGUGUUUGGAAGGUAUCGCCACGGACUUGGCGGACGGCGUGGGUGGAAGCGAAGCGCUGCUGAAGGCCAAUUUGCAGGCGGAUGCAGAUGUGGAUGCCUUCUGCGACGUCUUGCGGAUUCUCAGCCCGGGCUCGCAGUCGGUGAGCGCAUCUGCGACCCGCGCGGCCAUCGCCGCACCAGAUUCGGCGGGGCGUUCCGCGUUCAACCGGGUCGUGUCUGGCAACACGGCACGGUCAACUGGGUCAACGAAAGGAUGGCGUGCUACGCCAACCUUCCCCUUGUGUGCUGUUGGCCCAGCUGCUUUGCUGCUCCUGCGCCGUGAUCCACGGCGCAGCCGCGGCAGCGCUACCGGGCCGUCGCGGCUGGCGAGGAGCGCAUUGACGGAGAGGGACACGGUGAAGAUGGAUGGCUUCCCAGAUGAGCUCUUCUACCUCGUUCCCCGGAUCGGCGUGUAUCACGUGGACGACCACUUCCGCGCCCAGCUCACAGAGCUUUAUCGGCUCUUGCUUCCAAAGGGUGGGAAUUUGCUGGACCUCUGCAGUCAGCAUGACUCUCACCUACCUCCAGAGGUGGAUUACACCCUGACAGUUCAUGGCAUGAACCAGUUGGAGUUGCUCGCCAACUCGAGGGCCUCGGAGCGCUUCACCCGGAACUUCAACGAGGACCCCAGCCUCAGCAACCUUCCGAGCAACUCCUUCGAUGCGGUGCUCAUGACGGUGUCCAUUCAGUACAUGCAGCGGCCGGUGGAGCUGCUGAAGGAGGCCGCGAGAGUCCUGAAGCCCGGUGGCCAAUUGAUCGUGAGCUUCUCCAAUCGCAUGUUCUUCACCAAAGCCAUCGAGAUUUGGCGAGCGCAACGAAAUAUGAAGGGCCUCGUGAAUCUGGUUCUUGGCUAUGUCCGGGACGCGGGCUUCGAGCAGGUGCGCGCGGCGAAUGGGGUGACACUCCAGGCACCGCAGCUUCUUCCAGGCACCGCCGGGUUCCGCCGACCGCAUGGUGCCACCGCGGAGAAUCGGCUUCCACCGGGGGUGGGAAGGAUCGGCUCGGUGUGA